AUGACCUUUGACGCUUUCGAGGCCCGGCUGCACUUCCUCAAGCUUCUACGCCAGCUCAACGCCUCGCAGCCGUCCAUCCAAAAGGUCGUUUCAUAUGCUAUAAAAUAUGGCUCGCGGUGUGGUGAGGAUCUCUGGGAAUGUAUCACUGAGGAGUGCGGGAAGGGCUCGCUGAAUACCCGCAUCAACAUCCUGUAUUUCAUCGACUCGCUCCUUGAGGCUUGUCAACCCCUGUCGCUCGCGGAUGCGCCAUAUCUUGGACUGGUAGGCAGGGAUCUGGGCGAUAUUGUCGAGAGGGUGAUCCCAGAGACGAGGGAGGGGGUUCUCAACCUCAAGUCGACCAAGCAGAAGGUGCUCGAUAGCUGGCGUCUGAGGCGACUGGUGGACCCGCAGAUCGUGGACGACGUUCUCAAGAAGCUAGAGGCGAGGCGACAGCAUCCCCCUUCCGAUAAGAAACGCUCACAUGAAGAGACAUUCUCACAUGCGGAUAUCCUCAGGCGUAUGGAGGAGGAUCGCGAAAGACACAAGCGCCUCCGAGAACGUAUCUGGAUCCUCCCCAUUCCUUCCUUAUCCGCUGCGUCACCGAAGUCUCACCCUUCCCGGCCUAGCACCGGCACCGGCACCGGCACCAUGGCCUUCUCGUUCCAGUCCCCCGCAUCCACAUCGCCCGCAACGCCCGCCUCUCCUUCAGCCCGGCGGAAAACAGCUGGAGUGUCAGAGAGGAAUAUGCCGCCCCCGCCGGUCCCGGCUGUUUCUGCGGCGAAGGAGGGGGAUGGUACGCAUGUGAAUGGGGUGGUGGUACCGCAUCCUACGGCCUUGGAGGUGGAGUUUGAUGCGAUGUGGGAGGCGGAGGGCGAGCUGGACGAGGAUGAUUUGGGGAUCAUGCGAGAGCAGGCGCGCAUUGCUCGAAUGCAGAGUGAGGUGAAGUGA